AUGGCCGCGCCCCAAUCGCUCGAGGAGUGGACCUCACUCAUCUCCAAGUCCAUAGACGAGCACUUUGAAGCCAUCAAGUCCAUCAAUUACAAAAUCCACGCCGACCCAGAGCUCGCCUACAACGAGCACCACGCCCACGAGGCCUUCACCAGCCUGCUCUCCUCCCCGCCAUUUUCCUCCCUCGGCAUCACCGUCACGCCGCGCGCCUAUGGCCUCGACACGGCCUUUUCCGCCGACUUCGUCUCGCCCGGCGGUGACGACGGACGCCUCAUCGUCUUCAACGCCGAGUACGACGCGCUGCCGGGCAUCGGCCACGCCUGCGGCCACAACCUCAUCGCGUCCGCCUCCCUAGCCGGCUUCCUGGGCCUCGUCGCCGCCCUCCACGCCGCCGGGCCGAGCAACGCACCGGCAGCCCGUGUCCGUCUGCUCGGCACCCCCGCCGAGGAGGGCGGCGGCGGCAAGCUGCACCUCAUCCGCGGCGGGGCCUACGCCGGCGCCGCGGCGUGCCUCAUGACGCACCCGGGGCCGCAGUACCUGCUCAAGGACGGCGUCGAGGGCGUCGCCGCCGUCAAGAUGCUCGCCAACGUCAAGUGGCGCGUGCGCUUCGAGGGCCGCACCGCCCAUGCCGCCAUGGAGCCCUGGAACGGCGUCAACGCCCUCGACGCCGUGUGCCUGUCGUACAAUGCCAUUUCCAUGCUGCGCCAGCAGAUUCGUCCGCACGAGCGCAUCCACGGCGUGUUUGGCGAGGCUGGCGACCGGCCGAAUGUGAUCCCCGGCCGCACGAGCGUCGACUACUACGUCCGUAGCAACACCCUCGCCGCCGCGGAGCGCCUCUGGACGCGCGUCAAGGCCUGCUUCGAAGGCGCCGCCCUCGCCACCGGCUGCACCGUCUCCUACGAAGCCCUCAACUCAUACGCCGACCUGCGCUCCUCCCUGCCCCUCUGCCGCGCCUUUGUCUCCGCCGCCGCGUCCCUACCCCCGCCUUCUUCGCCCGCCGCGUCGUCCUCGCCAUCAGCCCCCAAGACCGUCGUCGCGCUCGACGAGCCAUCCGACUUCCUCGCCGGCUCCACCGACAUGGGCAACGUCACGUACGAGUGCCCGGGCUUCCACGGCGCGUUCGGCAUCGACACCGCCGUCGGCCAGGGGAACCACACGGCCGCGUUUGCCGAUGCGUCGGGCCUGCCGCGCUCGCUCGACCGCGCCGUCGCGUGGGGCAAGGCCAUGGCCGUCGUGGGGUGGCGGGUGGUCGCCGAGGACGCGUUUGCGCGCGAGGUCAAGAGCGAGUGGGAAGAGGACAUGAAGCGUGCGGCGUUGUGA